AUGUUUAAGCCAAAAAGUUAGAAGGAGUAAUAAUAAUAACCAUUUUACUUAAGUUGGUUUGCUAAUUAAGGGUAUAUAGAUGAGUAGUUAAUUUAGCUUAGAGAAAAUGCUAAACGAGGAGGAACAGCACCAAAUUAAAGUCGAAAAGAUAAAUAAGUAAUAAAGAGUCCUUAUUAAUAACAAUUGAUUACAGUUUGUAAUUAGACAUAAAAUUCAUAUACAAAAUCAAUGUGAGUAUUAUUAAUUAUAAAAUAGUUAGCCUCCUAAAAGUUACUAGAACAACACCUAAUAAAUCUCAAAAAUCUAUGCUGGUUAAUUUUAAGGAAUGAUGAAAAAAAGAAGUGUUGAGAGAAGAUAUGAUGAUGAACCAAAGAGUGGAAGAACUUCAUUUAAACCAUCUAGAACUUUUACUUAAUAAAAAUCAAGAGGAUUUCACUCAUGUGAAUAAUAAAGUAGACCAUAAACAUAAUAAUUAAAUACAUUUGAUCCUAAACUUUAAUAUGAGAAUAUUGUACCUUAUAAUUAUGAUGAAUAAUAACAUAUACCUAGAGAUAAUGAAGAUAUAGAAAUAGUAGAAGUAGAUAAUGUUGAUAUAGAUUCAAAUGAAUCAAAUGAAGCUGAUAGUGAAGAAGAUCAUAAUUUAUAAUUCCCAACUUAAUAAUAAGAAGAAACAUAAAUCUAAAAGAACAAAUCAUUUGUUUAAAAAUAAAUAGAAGAACCAGUUAUUACUAUGAGAAAAGAAACUGCUACAUUAAAUAGACCAUAAACAUCUGAAGGAGCUAGAAGAAAAAGAUUUGCUAAUUCUACAAAUGAAACUUAAUAAAAUAAUACUUAGAAAAAAGAAUCAGAAUUAUUAAUCAUAGAUUAUUAACCCAAGAUCAUUUAAGAAGAUGAAUAUGAAAAUCUAGAAAUUAUUCCAAUCAUUACCAAUAAUUUAAAUUCCCCUAAAGUAUCUUCAUUUAUUUAUAUCUUCCAUAUAGGAUUUAUUAUCCAUUCGUUCAGGAUAAAGAAGAAAAUAAACUGAUCAAGUAAUUGAUAAUUUUCAUAAUAAUAAUAAUAAUACUAAUGAUCGUCCUCCUUCCAGACAUAAAACUCCUCCUAAAGCUAUUGGAUUAGAAUUACCUAUUUAAGCUAUUAAUUCUUUAGUUGACCAUUAAAUUCCUAUCAAAAAUAUGUAUGCAUAAAUCGAUCCUAAAUGUAAUCAAUUUUCAUUUUUAUUUAGCUAACAAUAAUUUUAAUGAUGAUCUUGAUGACUUUGAUCUUGCCUUUUUUAAAAUGAAUAAUCAAGUUAAUCUUAAUAAAUUUCAAUCCAAAGAUGGUUAUCAUACUGAUGAAGCUAGUAUUUUUACUUAUAUUACUUUAGAAAAAUCUAAUACUAAUCAAAAACAUCCUUAAUCAGCUAAUCUUAAAUUUAAUAAUAUUGGGUUCCAAAAUUUAUCUUAUUCCCCUGUUAAUAAUCAAAUUACUUCGGCACAUGGAUUUAGUUCAAAUGAACCUUAAAUAGUUAUAUAAUAUAAUAACAGCUCUUCACUUAAUAAAAAUCACCCUAAAUUACCAGUUAAAGUACCCUUUCAAACUUCAUUAGGCUAAGAUUUCUUAUGCCUUUUUGCCAAUGAUUGUACCGACUGA